AUGGGAGAAGAUGAACCUCAGAGGGUGCCAUUUUACAAGCUUUUCAGGUUCGCCGACGGGCUGGACGUAGCAUUAAUGGCGGUAGGAAGCAUUAGCGCCGUCGCUAAUGGUUUGGCGCAGCCUCUCAUGACCCUCAUUUUCGGACAGCUCAUUGAAUCCUUCGGAGCCUCACAGCCACAGCCUUCCCAACUUAUCCAUCAAGUUUCUAAGAUAUGCCUAAGGUUCGUGUACUUGGCUAUCGGCUCCGGCAUUGCUUCUUUCUUGCAGGUUUCAUGCUGGAUGGUGACAGGAGAGAGACAAGCAACAAGAAUUCGAGAGUUAUACUUCAGAACAAUAUUAAGACAGGACAUUACAUUCUUCGACACUGAAACAACAACGGGAGAAAUCAUUGAGAGGAUGGCUGGGGACACUGUUCUCAUUCAAGAUGCCAUGGGUGAAAAGGUUGGGAAGUUCAUCCAGCCUCUAUCAACUUUUUUUGGAGGUUUUGUGAUUGCUUUCGCAAGGGGAUGGCUUCUCUCCCUAGUUUUGCUUUCAUGUCUUCCGGUUUUUAUUGUUGCUGGUGGACUCAUGGCAAAGAUUAUGUCAAAAAUGUCAAUCCGUGGACAAGCAGCCUAUGCAGAAGCUGGAAAUGUUGUACAGCAGACAAUUGGAGCCAUUAGAACGGUUGCAUCCUUCAUAGGAGAGAACCAAGCAACAGAAAACUAUAAUAGCAAGUUGGGAAUUGCCCAUGCCUCUACAGUUUGGCAGGGAGCAGCCUCAGGGGUCGGGCUUGGCGUGGUUUUAUCCAUUAGUUUCAGCAGUUAUGGGCUCGCUGUAUGGUAUGGAUCCAAACUGAUCAUUGAAAAAGGUUACAAUGGCGGACAAGUCAUCAACAUCAUAAUGUCAAUCAUGACUAGUGGAACGUCACUGAGCCAAACGUCUCCAAGUUUAAAUGCAUUUGCAGCAGGGCAAGCUGCAGCAUACAAGAUGUUUGAGACCAUCAAAAGGAUACCACAAAUUGAUGCCUAUGAAACAAGCGGAUUGGUAUUAGAGGACAUCAAAGGUGAGAUUGAACUCAAAGAUGUGCACUUUAAAUAUCCAACACGACCAGAUAUGCAGAUAUUUUCCGGUUUAUCACUGCAUGUCCCAAGUGGUACCACAGCAGCCUUAGUUGGGCAGAGCGGAAGCGGAAAGUCAACAGUCAUCAACCUACUGGAGAGAUUCUAUGAUCCAGAUUCUGGUGAGGUACUUAUAGAUGGUGUAAAUUUGAGGAACUUUCAACUCAGAUGGAUAAGGGAGAAGAUUGGGCUAGUUAGUCAGGAACCCAUUCUGUUUGCAACCACCAUAAAAGAGAACAUCUUAUAUGGGAUGGAAAAUGCGACUGAUAAGGAGGUCAGAAUAGCAACUGAGCUUGCUAAUGCAGCAAGAUUUAUUGACAAGCUACCCAAGGGGUUUGACACAUUGGUAGGUGAGCGAGGAACUCAACUAUCUGGAGGACAAAAGCAAAGAAUUGCAAUUGCAAGAGCCAUUUUGAAGAACCCAAGAAUCCUCCUGCUUGAUGAAGCAACAAGCGCACUAGAUGCCAAGUCCGAACGCGUAGUCCGAGAUGCACUGCUAAAAGUUAUGUAUAAUCGGACAACUCUUGUUGUUGCUCAUCGCUUGACAACUAUCAGAAAUGCAAAACUUAUAGCAGUUGUUCAUAGCGGCAAAAUUGUAGAGCAAGGAACUCAUGCCGAGUUGAUCAAAGAUCCAAAAGGGGCUUACUCCAAGCUCAUUCAACUGCAAGAAGGAAAAGGUCAAACUGAAGAUGGUCAAACAAUCAGCACAGAUGAAACAAAUGCAAGUUCUGAUAUAGAAAAAACUAUAAGCGAGUUUGGGAGCCAGAGACUGUCUAUGAGAUCCAUAAGCAGAGGGUCGUCUGGUGGCCUGCGUUACUUCACUCUUAACUUUGGUGUUCCAGAUACUAUUGGUAUCCAUGAGGCUGAGAUAGUGGGGGAUGAGAUCCAAGAAAGUACACAAAUGGACAAUAAGAAUCCUCACAAGGUCUCCAUUAGACGACUGGCUUACCUAAACAAGCCUGAGGUGCCAAUUUUGCUGCUUGGAUCUCUUGCUGCAACUAUUCGCGGUGCAAUCUUCCCCAUUUUUGGACUCCUAGUUUCAACAACCAUUAAAAUUUUCUAUGAACCUCCUCAUGAGUUACAAAAAGAUUCCAAGUUUUGGGCACUAAUUUAUGUGGUUUUGGGCAUUGUUACUAUAGCUGUCGUUCCACUGCAGCAUUACUGCUUUGGAGUUGCCGGUGGCAAACUGAUACAACGAAUUCGCUCCAUGUCAUUCAAGAAGGUGGUUCACCAAGAAAUUAGCUGGUUUGAUAAACCUGAAAAUUCAAGUGGUGCAGUUGGUGCAAGGUUAUCAACCGAUGCUUCAAUUGUGCGGAGUCUUGUGGGUGAUGCUUUGGCACUAAUUGUCCAGGACAUAGCAACCCUUGUUGCAGGGUUUGUCAUAGCAUUCACAGCCAACAGGAUAUUAGCAUUGAUAAUUCUUGGUGUCUUGCCCUUGGUGGGUUUGCAAGGAUACUUCCAGGUGAAAUUUAUGAAGGGGUUCAGUGCAGAUGCCAAGGUAAUGUACGAAGAAGCAAGUCAAAUUGCAAAUGAUUCUGUCAGCAGCAUUAGAACUAUUGCAUCAUUUUGUGCUGAAAAUAAGAUGAUAGAUUUAUAUCAAAGGAAAUGCAAAGUCUCCAUGAAACAUGGGAUCUGGAAAGGACUAGUAAGCGGUGCAGGAUUUGGCUUCUCUUUCUUUGCACUCUACUGCACAAAUGCAUUUUGCUUUUACAUUGGAGCUAUUCUUGUGGAACGUGGUAAAGCAUCAUUUGGAGAAGUUUUCAAGGUUUACUUGGCUCUGACAAUAUCUGCAAUUGGGAUUUCCAAAACCACUGCAAUGGUUCCAGACUAUGCCAAAGCUAAGGACUCAGCUGCUUCCAUAUUUGAACUUCUUGAUAGUAAGCCAAACAUUGAUUCUAGCAGCAGCGAGGGCACAACACUAGCGACCAUAAAAGGCGACAUUGAGUUCCAAAAUGUCAACUUCAAAUAUCAAACACGACCUGAUGUCCAAAUUUUUAGAGAUUUAUGUUUGAGCAUCCCCGCAGCAAAGACUGUUGCACUUGUUGGGGAGAGUGGCAGUGGAAAAUCAACAGUAAUUAGCCUAAUAGAGAGGUUCUACAAUCCUGAUUCUGGUUGUGUUUUGCUGGAUGGAGUUGACAUCCGAGUGCUCAAUCUAAGAUGGCUUAGGCAACAAAUGGGUUUAGUCAGCCAAGAACCCAUACUCUUCAAUGAUACAAUCCGUGCCAACAUAGCCUAUGGAAAACAAGGAUCUGCAACCGAAGAAGAGAUCAUUGCAGCAGCAAAGACAGCAAAUGCACACAACUUCAUAUCAGGAUUGCCUCAGGGCUACGACACCACCGCCGGGGAACGAGGGAUGCAACUCUCUGGCGGGCAGAAGCAACGGCUAGCCAUCGCAAGGGCAAUACUUCAGGACCCAAAAAUCCUACUACUUGAUGAGGCAACAAGUGCACUUGAUUCUGAGUCAGAACGUGUGGUACAAGAUGCAUUAGACAGAGUGAUAGUGAACAGAACAACUGUUGUUGUCACCCACCGCCUUACCACAAUUAAAGAAGCUGAUACAAUUGCAGUUGUGAAGAAUGGUGCGAUUGCAGAGAGGGGAAGACAUGAAGCUCUGUUAAAGAUACCUGAUGGGGCUUAUGCUUCUCUUGCAGCACUUCACAUGAGUUCACAUAAAAAGGAACUCAAAGUUUGUAGGUUUUAG